AUGCACGGGACGGGCCCGGGGGUGUUUAUCUGGUGUCUCACGCUGUGCGCGGGGAUUAGUGGGUUGUUGUUUGGGUAUGAUACCGGCGUGAUAUCCUCGACCCUAAUAAGCAUUUCAACAGACCUCUCGCGCCCGCUUACCACCCUCGACAAAAGCCUAAUCACAAGCUGCACCUCCUUCGCCGCGCUCCUCGCGUCCCCGCUCACCGGCCUGCUCGCUGACAGCUGGGGCCGCAAGCCCGUCAUCCUGCUCGCGUCGGCGCUGUUCGUCAUCGGCGCUCUCCUGCAAGCGCAGGCCACCAGCGUGCCGGGCAUGAUUGCAGGACGCUCCGUGGUCGGUCUUGCCGUCGGGAGCGCGAGCUUCGUCGUCCCGCUGUACAUCAGCGAACUCAGCCCCGCGCCAUUCCGCGGCCGGCUGGUGACGGUCAGCAGUCUGUUCAUCACGGGGGGGCAGGUCGUUGCGUAUCUUGCUGGCUGGGCAUUCAGCGAGCGCGCGGGCGGGUGGCGGUGGAUGGUGGGCUUGGGCGCGCUGCCGGCGGUGCUGCAGCUCGGCCUGCUGACGGGGAUGCCAGAGACGCCGCGGUUUCUCGUGCAGAAGGGACGGGUGGCGCAGGGGAGGGGCGUGUUGAGGCGGGUCUACGGCGGGGAGGAAGAGAUGGAGGGCAUUGUUGGCAUGGUGCUGAGGCGGGUUGAGAGGGAGAUUAUGGAGGAGGAGCUAGCCGGCACCAGCAAGACGAGUGCGGAAUCGACAGCAUGGCGCGCGAAGGCGGGGCGUGUGCGCGAGCAGUUCGCUCACCUCGUUGCUGUGGGCCCUAAUCGCAGAGCGCUGGCCAUCGCGUGCAUGCUCCAGGCGUUCCAGCAACUGUGCGGCUUCAACAGCCUAAUGUACUUCUCGGCCACGAUAUUCUCGCUCGUCGGCUUCCGCUCGCCUACCCUCACCAGUCUGUCCAUCGCGCUGACAAACUUCGCCGCCACUCUCGUCGCGUUCUGGUGCAUCGACCGCAUCGGCCGGCGACGCAUCCUACUUCUCAGCGUGCCCGUCAUGGGCGCAGGGCUGUCACUGUGCGCAGUGGCGUUCCACUUCUUCGACCUAAGCGCCGCUGGAUCCGCGGACGCAAAGGACGGGCACGGCAGCGCGUGGCCGCUGCUCAUCCUGCUCAGCAUGGUCGUGUACGUGGCAUCGUACGCGGUGGGACUGGGCUGCGUGCCGUGGCAGCAGUCAGAGCUGUUCCCGCUGUCUGUGCGCGCGCUGGGGAGUGCGCUCGCGACGAGCACAAAUUGGUUCUGCAACACGAUUGUCGGGCUGACGUUUCUCCCCAUGAUGGACUUGUUGACCCCGACUGGCACAUUUGUGUGCUAUGCCGGCGUUUGCGCCGUGUGUUGGGGCACCGUGUGGCGCGUUUACCCGGAGACGGCCGGGUUGGGGUUGGAGGAUGUUGGGGGGUUGUUGGCGGACGGAUUUGGGGUUGCGGAGAGUGUCAGACGGUUUGAGAGCAGGAGGAACGGCAGGUAG